AUGCCAAAUCCAAAGCUCUCACAGAAGAACCUGCUCAUAGCCUUUGACGCAUUUGGAACGCUCUUCACUCCGCGCGGGCCGAUUGGUGCACUGUACGGAGAGAUCGCGCGCAAGCAUGGCAUCUGUGGCGAUGUUUCCGACGAAGAUAUUAUGAGCAGCUUCAAGAAAGUCGUGUGCCUUUGGUUGGUCGCGUGGCUGAUCAUAACUCAAACCUUCACCCCCUUCCUCUCCACCCAGAAAUCAUCCUCUCCCGGCUCGGCCCCUCCCAACCCUCCAUCUCUCCCCCAUCGCCUCGUUCCUGACCUCAUCACCCGCUUCGCCAGCCGCGACGGCUACACUCUCUACAACGACGUGAUCCCCCUCUUCGCCUCCCUCCGCGCCGCCCGCGGCGGCAGUGGCAGCAGCCGCCGCAAAAUCGUCACCGCCGUCCUGACCAACUCGGACGACCGCGUCGCCGGCAUCCUCCGCUCCUUCGGCCUGCGCGUCGGGCACGUCGAUCCGGAGACCGUCGAAAAGAUCGCUGCGUCAACGUACCCGAACGGCAGCGGCAGCACUUCUGCAACGACAUUACUGCAACCAGAAAGGUUGGGCGAGAACGACAUCGACUUUGUGCUGACGUCGUACGACUGCGGCUAUGAGAAGCCGCAUCGUGCCAUCUUCGACGCAGCGAGGCGGUUGGCGUUAGCGCGGUACGCUCAGGUUGGUGAAGGAGAGGAGACUGGACGCGAGAUUGAUGAUGAUGGUGAGUGGGAGGCGGUGUAUGUGGGCGACGAGGUGGAUAAGGAUGUUGUGGGGGCGGAGGAGGCUGGGUGGGCAAAUGCGUUCUUGGUGGAUCGAGAGGGACUGGUCCGAGAUGCCAGAGACGUGGUGAGAAGGGAGGACGUGGGUGGAGAGGGGCAGCAGCAGGUAAGAGUCUUGCGAGAUCUGAGGGAGUUAGAAACAUAUGUACUCGGGUGA